AUGCCAGACACACCAGUGGAGGAGUCCCUCUUCCAGAUCAUCCAUUGUUUUCACCACUAUGCCGCUCGGGAAGGGGACAUGGAGACGCUGUCCCUGGAGGAGUUGAAGGCCCUGCUCAUGGACAAUGUGCCCCGCUUCAUGGAGAAAUUGGGCCGGAACGAGCCGUACUACAUCUCUGAGUUGUUCCGGGCAGCAGACAAGAACAAGGACAACCAGAUCUGCUUCGAGGAGUUCCUAUACAUCUUGGGCAAGCUGGUGAAGGACUACCACCUGCAGUACCACCGGCAGCUGUGUGCCCACUACUGUGCCCAGCACAACCUCUACUAGAGGGAGAGCAGCUGGCCUCCCCACCCCUCCCAGCUGCCCCAGGGAA